UCUGGCUGCCCUGGCCGAGGGGCUGAGAGAGAGCGCGGGUGGCUAGGCGCCGGCCGGGAAGGUCCGCGAGCAGACGGGAGUCGGACGCCUGGGACUCGGGACUUGCUCCAGCUAUGAAAGCUACAUAGUGGAAAGCCAUGAUGCUUCUUCUGUCCGGGAUGUGAUAAGGAUGAAAGUUUGACUUUGGAGUGCCAGGAACCUGAGCACUUGCUGAGGACACAGAGCCCAGCCCUGACCAUUGGAGAGCCUACAACACAAUGAACAAAUUGAACUUUCAUAACAACAGAGUCAUGCAAGACCGCCGGAGUGUGUGUAUUUUCCUUCCCAAUGAUGAAUCUCUGAACAUCAUCAUAAAUGUUAAGAUUCUGUGUCACCAAUUGCUGGUCCAAGUAUGUGACCUGCUCAGGCUAAAGGAUUGUCAUCUGUUUGGACUCAGUGUUAUACAAAAUAAUGAACAUGUGUAUAUGGAGCUGUCACAAAAGCUUUAUAAGUAUUGUCCAAAGGAAUGGAAGAAAGAGGCCAGCAAGGUACGACAAUACGAAGUCACUUGGGGUAUUGACCAAUUUGGGCCUCCCAUGAUUAUACACUUCCGUGUGCAGUACUAUGUGGAAAAUGGCAGAUUGAUCAGUGACAGAACAGCAAGAUACUAUUAUUACUGGCACCUGAGAAAACAAGUCCUUCAUUCUCAGUGUGUGCUGCGAGAGGAGGCCUACUUCCUGCUGGCAGCCUUUGCCCUGCAGGCUGAUCUUGGGAACUUCAAAAGGAAUAAGCACUAUGGAAAAUACUUUGAGCCUGAAGCUUACUUCCCCUCUUGGGUUCUUUCCAAGAGGGGGAAGGAGUACAUCCUGAAGCACAUUCCAAACAUGCACAAAGAUCAGUUUGCCCUGACUGCUUCUGAGGCGCAUCUGAAAUACAUCAAAGAGGCCGUCCGACUGGAUGAUGUUGCCGUUCAUUACUACAGACUGUACAAGGAUAAAAGAGAAAUUGAAGCUUCACUGACUCUUGGAUUGACCAUGCGAGGAAUACAGAUUUUCCAGAAUCUAGAUGAAGAGAAACAACUACUUUAUGAUUUCCCCUGGACGAAUGUUGGAAAGUUGGUGUUUGUGGGAAAGAAGUUUGAGAUUUUGCCUGAUGGUCUGCCCUCAGCCAGGAAGCUUAUCUACUAUACCGGGUGCCCCAUGCGUUCCAGACACCUCCUACAGCUUCUGAGCAACAGUCACCGCCUCUACAUGAACUUGCAGCCUGUCCUGCGCCACAUCCGGAAGCUGGAGGAAAAUGAAGAGAAGAAACAGUACCGGGAAUCAUACAUCAGUGACAACCUGGACCUGGACAUGGACCAGCUGGAAAAGCGGUCACGGGCCAGCGGGAGCAGUGCGGGCAGUGUGAAGCACAAGCGCCUGUCCCGUCAUUCUACUGCCAGUCACAGCAGCUCCCACACCUCAGGCAUUGAGGCUGACACCAAGCCCCGGGACACGGGGCCAGAGGACAGCUACUCAGGCAGCGCCAUCCACCGCAAGCUGAAGACUUGCAGCUCCAUGACCAGCCAUGGCAGCUCCCACACCUCAGGGGUGGAGAGCGGUGGCAAAGACCGCCUGGAAGAGGACUCGCAGGAUGAUGAAAUAGAGAUGUUGGUUGAUGACCCCAGGGAUCUGGAGCCAAUGAAUGAAGAAGAGUCUCUGGAAGUCAGCUCUGACAUGUGCAUCUAUAUUACAGAGGACAUGCUCCUGUCCAGGAAGCUGAACGGACAUUCUGGAUUGAUUGUGAAAGAAAUUGGUUCUUCCACCUCCAGCUCUUCAGAAACAGUUGUCAAACUUCGUGGCCAGAGUACUGAUUCUCUUCCACAGACUAUAUGUAGAAAACCAAAGACUUCCACCGAUCGACAUAGCUUGAGCCUUGAUGACAUCAGACUUUACCAGAAAGACUUCCUGCGCAUUGCAGGUCUGUGUCAGGACACUGCUCAGAGUUACACCUUUGGGUGUGGCCACGAACUGGAUGACGAGGGCCUCUACUGCAACAGCUGCUUGGCUCAGCAGUGUGUCAACAUCCAAGAUGCUUUUCCAGUCAAAAGAACCAGCAAAUACUUUUCCCUGGAUCUCACUCAUGACGAAGUUCCAGAGUUUGUUGUAUAAAAUCCACCUGCCAGCCGCCGUUGCAGACAGCUUUGCUGCCUGCCAGAGACUGUGGAAGUCCUGAGUUCUUUACGGAUUACUUGUGCCAUAUUUUCUUCGCCCCAAACAUAGCUCUUUCUUUAUAAUAUUUGUGACGGAAACAAAAGCCUUGGGACAAUUGCACUUUAAGUAUUAUGCAGAUGUAAAAGAACUACCGAGAAUGUACAGCAAGACAAGUGCCCAGAUAUGUGUUGACCCUUCAGAAGGAAAUGUGCUUUACUGAUUACCAAGCCUUAGACUACUGGGCUGUGGUGUUUGUUCAGCUGUUGUUUUUCAGUUCAAUUACAUUUUUUUUUUUAACUUCAUGAAAAAAUGUUAGGCUUAUUUGUUUUCUUGUAUUUUUUUUUUACUACUCCCUUGUGAAGUGCUUGUUAUUUGAGGGAGGAGUGAGGGAAGGUCUUCUCUUCUUUGAAUGGAGAGAUGAUUGCUUAAUAUACAGCUGUUGCUGCCUCACAAGCUGUCCCAAAGUGAACACUAACAAAGUGGUCAUGGUCACAUGGUUCUAGCAAGCCAAAGAUGCUCCGAGCAAGAGAAGAUGUGGACUAAGCAACAACCAGAAGACUGUGCAUGACUUUUCACCUGUCAGUGCCACGGUAUCCUUGUUGCUCUUCCAGAAAAGUCUAGGGUUCAGUUGAGUUCCUCACCUGAGUAACAAAUCUGCUGUGUUCAUGGCAGUGCAUUUUGAGGGUUUACAAACCUGACAUUUGUCAGAGUGAUGGAAAUGUCUUAGAAAAUGUUUAUGCUUUGUGAUGUUUGGUUCGUGUUGUUUUUCGGUUAUCAAGAACAAAUGAGAGUAAUGCUAGUUUCUUCUUGAUCAAAAUACUUUAUAUAUGUAUAUGUCGUACAUACAUAAAUAUGUGGGAUUGUGUGUGCUUAUGUUUCAAGCUCACUGACUCUUCAUUUUGGCUUCCAUGACUAUCUUGUAUACCCAGUUCCUUUUUUAACAUUGAGACUGUCGCUGAGCGCCGAGUGAAUGAUGCCUAGACAAUCACUUGAUAUGUGCAGUUAAGAAUGACUUCUUUCUCAUGUGCCUUGGGCCAUGAUUCUCAACUCGUAUUGCAUAGUAGAAAUUUUUGAGGAGCUUUAACAAAAAUAAACCUUGAUACCUAGGCCCCACUCCAGACCAAUGAGAGCAGCCGUUUGUGGGUGGGACCAGGAAAAAUGGCCUUUUUGUCCUUUUGAGUUUUUCAGAUGGAGUUAAUAUUGCAACAGAACUGAAGACCACUGAUCCAGAGGGUGUCUCUUUUAUUAAUUUUGAAGUCCAAGUAUAUAGAAAAUGCAGCUGUAUCAGAAAGGGCCAUUUGUUAGACAGUUACUGCAGUGCUGCUGUGAUGACAGAUCAUGAAAUCAAGUCAGGAGGAUGGAUGCUCAACCUGCGAUGUACAGUGAAAACGUUGCUUGAAUUUCAGGAGAGAACUUCAUAGCACAAUGUCUUUCUAUGAGAUAUUUUUAAUGAUUUAGUAUUUUACAACAUUUGUUUACCAUAUUUUGAUACACCAUUUUUGCUAUCUGCCAGGUUUUAUUAAAAAAAGAACUAUAUAUUAUUUUCUAAAGAAACAGUCAUAUUUUUGUACAAAAUUCUGUUUUCAAGUAACAAAGAAGUAGAUUUAGGGGACUGCAGAACAUAGGCAGUGUUGUUGCCGUGGAUGGGAAUCAGUAUUAUUGAAAAAGGUGGCCAUACAGCCCGCCCUGUGCUGCCUCUGAGCAUGUUACACGAGCAACAGAACCUCAUCCAGAAACUGACACUUCAAAAGGAAAUCAAAGUUCUGUAUAGUUCUGUAUUCAUGAAAUUAUUUUGUUUUUGUAAAACGCUUUAAAAGAACCAAAGUUUCAGAUAUCAGAAUGUAUAAAAGUAUCUCAGUCUCUAUAAGAGGGAAUAAAGUAUGAAGGGACCAUUUAAUGGCUAUUCUACUUCUGAGUCAUUGAAUAAUCCAACAUUUCCUAUAGAUCCUGGUGAAGUUUGUAUUGGACAGAGCCCAGAUAAUAAUGCAGUGCAUUUCCUUAGCUCUUAGCAUUCUUGCAAACAUAAAGAACAAAGAAAACAUUAUUUAAUUGAACAGGUAGUGCUUUAUACUUUAUUUUCUCUCAACAUCAGCCAGAACCAGGUUUUCAGGGUUUUGCCAGUAUUGUUGGUGGUUUUGCACACCUUCUUUCUAAUUGGAUUUAUGAAUAAUCUUAGGAGUUUUCAAAAGUAGAAGAUGCAAGGGAACAUUUUUGCCUUUUGAUCCACUGUUUGCAGCAAGAUUAUAUAUAUAUAUAUGUAUAUGUAUAUGAAAAUCCACUUUGAAUAAUCUACCUUUUGUAUUUGGAGAUUGUUUUAAAAAAAUAAAAAAGGAAAAUAAAAGUA